AUGCUGGCCCAGAAUGGACAAGACAUUUCCAUUGGAAGUGGCUGCAAAGAACUCGGCACCGUCGCCCAUGAGAUCGGCCACGCCAUUGGGUUCGUGCACGAGCAGAGUCGCCCCGACCGUGACGACUAUGUGGUCAUCAAUUAUGGCAACAUCCAAAGUGGCAAGGAACACAACUUCAAUAAGUACAGCACGUCAGUGGUCAACACCUACGGCAUACCAUACGACUACUCAUCCGACAUGCACUAUGGUUCUACAGGCUUCACCAACAACGGCCAGACGACCAUCGCCACCCUAUAUCCCUUGGCGCAGGAGCUCAUCGGCCAGCGCACGGGACCCUCUCACAGGGACAUACUAUUGGCCAACACCAUGUACGGCUGCAUCGAUAAGUGGCUUGCUGCUUGCGGAGUGGACGCCGACCCCUGCCAGAACGGCGGGUUUUAUGGAGAAGGCUGCGCUUGUGUGUGUCCCUCGGGCACCUCAGGGGCCAACUGUGAGACGGUGACGGGAGACUACUACGACGAGUUGACGAAUCCCUGCACUGAGAAAGUAACUCAGGAAGGCACCCUCACCUCGCCGGGCUAUCCAAGCAACUACCCAAAGAUCCAGUGCGUCAAGUGGAUUGUAGCUCCCGCAUGCCACGUGCCCAGAGUGACCUUCUCAGACUUUUACCUGUACGGAGAGAAUCCCUACUGCGGAUCGACUACAGAGACGUGCUGCUACUUUGAUGGCCUGGAGGUCAGAACCGACAACUUGUACGACGGUGAAGUGUAUUGUGGCACGGACAUCACUGCAGGCCAGACCUUCACUGGAACCGGUCAAGAGAUGGUUUUAUACUUCAGGGCGAUAAGUAAUAAUAUUCGCAGGGGAUGGUCUGCCCAACUCGCCUUUGUGCCGCAACCGGGAUGCACAACCACCACUGCAGACACCUCCACCACCACCACCACCACAGCAACAACAACCACCACUACAGAACCUUCCACCACCACCACCACAGCAACAACCACCACUACAGAACCCACCACCACAGCAACAACCACCACUACAGAACCCACCACCACCACCACCACAGCAACAACAACCACUACAGAACCCACCACCACCACCACCACAGCAACAACCACCACUACAGAACCCACCACCACAGCAACAACCACCACUACAGAACCCACCACCACAGCAACAACCACCACUACAGAACCCACCACCACAGCAACAACCACCACUACAGAACCCACCACCACAGCAACAACCACCACUACAGAACCCACCACCACCACUACAGAACCCACCACCAUCACAGCAACAACCACCACCACCACCACCAGCCCACCACCACCUAGAUGUUUAAUUCAGGCUGUCAACGGAGUGUUCUACUGGUCCUCCCCCGGCUUCGGCAUCACCAACUACCCGAAUAACUUCAACUGCGCAGUGCGAGGAUUUUCGACGAGAUCCAUGUUGACGCUGAAACUGGAAACGUUCACGCUGCAGAGAGCCAGGAGAAGGAGAUGCGUGGAUGGCGUCGAGUUAACAUUCUUGUACAAUCGAACGAGAACGUUGUGUGGAUCUCGAUCAGGGAGAGUUUUUACAUCGCCAUCUUUCAAUUUCAACGCGAGAUUCUUCACCAACCCCAAGAGGACCUAUCAGGGCUACAACAUCUCCUUCACGCCUGCAACCACAAGUUGUCACCAGAUAAUCACGGCAGCUGUUGGUCAGACUGGCACAAUAACUUCCCCUCCAGCAGAAAAAUACUGCGAAUACCGAAUCCAGGCUCCUUCUGGAAGUCGCGUGCAGGUCGACGAAGUUACAUCUAGGAUUCGAGGGACAAGGAACUGUGCAAUUGACUGGCUUCUGCUGAACGGGAGGAGUGAGAGGAUGUACCCGCCAGACACCAGCUUAAUUAUCUGCGGCAAGAGGGUAGUGUCUUCACCUCUGACAUCCGAGACCAAUGAGAUGUACGCAGCUUAUCAAGGCACCAGGAGGAGAAGCCGCGGUGUCACUAUCAAGUAUACCGUCAUCUAAGUCAAACGUUCCUUGAU